GGCGGGGCCAUCGCCCCCGGGCGAUCCCCGGGCGCUGAUCUCGCCCCGCCGGUACCGGCACCGCCCGGCGCGGCUGCGGCCGCAGGUGCCCAGGGAAAUAAACGGGUGAAAUGGAAAAAAACGGGAACCGCCUCCCGGGAAGGCUCCGGAGCCGGUGCCCACGCGGUGCCCGGGGAGGCUCCGGGGAUGCCGCGGGAGGCGGGGUCGGAGCGAACCCCCGGCCGGCCCGGGGGCCGGGACAGGACGCACCGCCCCGGGGGGGCCGGGCCGGGCCGGGGCCGCCCCCUCGGAGCGCCCGGAGCCGCGGGACAGCCGCGGAGCCCGCGCUCGCCAUGCGCGACUACGAUGCGGUCACCGCCUUCCUGGGCGAGUGGGGCCUCUUCCAGCGCCUCAUCUUCUUCCUGCUCAGCGCCAGCAUCAUCCCCAACGGCUUCAACGGGAUGUCGGCCGUGUUCCUGGCCGGCACCCCCGAGCACCGGUGCGCCGUGCCCCGCGGGGCCAACCUGAGCGGCGAGUGGCUCAACGCCAGCAUCCCGCUGGAGCUGCGGGACGGGCGGGCGGCCCCGAGCCGCUGCCGCCGCUACCGCCUGGCCGCGCUCGCCAACUUCUCGGCGCUGGGGCUGCGGCCCGGCUCCGACGUGGAGCUGGAGACGCUGGAGCAGGAGCCGUGCCUGGACGGCUGGGAGUACAGCCGGGACGUGUACCGCUCCACCAUCGUCACCGAGUGGAACCUGGUGUGUGAGGAUGACUGGAAAGCCCCCCUGACCACCUCCCUGUUCUUCGUGGGGGUCCUCAUCGGCUCCUUCGUCUCGGGGCAGCUCUCGGACAGGUUUGGCAGGAAGAGCAUCCUUUUUCUGACGAUGGCUGUGCAGACUGGCUUCAGCUUCCUGCAGAUCUUCUCCACCAGCUGGGAGAUGUUCACAGUGCUCUUCCUCAUAGUGGGGAUGGGACAGAUCUCAAACUACGUGGUGGCCUUCAUACUGGGCACAGAAAUUCUUGGCAAAUCAGUUCGUAUUCUGUUCUCUACAUUAGGAGUUUGCAUAUUUUUUGCAUUUGGCUACAUGUUGCUGCCACUGUUUGCUUACUUCAUCAGAGACUGGCGGAUGCUGCUGCUGGCGCUCACUGUCCCGGGGCUGUUCUGCAUCCCGCUCUGGUGGGUCAUUCCUGAGUCCCCUCGGUGGCUGAUCUCCCAGGGAAGAUAUAAGGAGGCAGAAGUUAUUAUCCGAAAGGCUGCAAAAAUAAAUGGCAUUCCAGCCCCAGCCGUGCUUUUCGACACUGCAGAGAUGCAGGAUUCGAAGCCUCAGCAGCAGCAGAAGGCUAUCCUUCUGGACCUAUUUCGAACCCGAAACAUUGCAACUAUUACUAUUAUGUCAUUACUUUUGUGGUUUUUCACGUCAGUUGGUUACUUUGGCCUGUCCCUCAGCACUCCAGACUGGCAUGGAGAUGCCUACCUCAACUGCUUCCUCUCGGCUGUGAUUGAAGUCCCAGCUUAUGUGAUCGCCUGGCUCCUCCUCCGCUCCCUCCCGCGCCGCUACUCCUUGUCUGGCACCUUAUUUUUAGGGGGAAGUGUUGUCCUCUUCAUUCAGCUGGUUCCUACAGAUCUCAAUGUCCUCUCUGUUGGUCUGGUGAUGCUCGGGAAGUUUGGCAUCACAGCUGCAUUUUCAAUGCUCUAUGUCUACAACGUGGAGCUGUACCCAACCCUGGUGAGGAACAUGGCAGUGGGAGCCACUUCCACGGCGUCCAGGCUGGGCAGCAUCAUCGCUCCUUACUUUGUUUACCUGGGUGCCUAUGACAGAUUCCUGCCCUAUAUCCUGAUGGGAAGCCUGACUGUGCUGAUUGGGAUCCUCACCCUGUUCCUCCCGGAGAGCUACGGCAACCCCCUGCCCGAGAGCUUCGAGCAGAUGCUGAAGGUGAAAUGUUUCAGAAAUGGGCAAGAAACCACUGGCGUUAGGAGUUCCAAGGAAAGUCCUAAAAUUCUGAUGACACGCUUGUGAAGAAGGAUGCACGCUGUCAGAGGGGCUGAAAGAAGAACAGGAUCAUCUCAAAAUGCAUUUUUCUUCCAGAGGAAAAUGAACAAAACCCAACAGUCAAUGCUAUUGCACCAUAGUUGUUACCCCCUGUGCUACCAUCCCCAGAUUACACAGUUUACUGACCAGCUGCUGUCUACUCCUGCAGGACUCUCAGUCUGUAAUUCAGCGUCCUGAUUGCUGGGGUUUGUCAGCAGACACAGUCCCCAUUGAGAAAUGGGGACCUGCUGUGCUAGACAGAAGUCGAGGAGUAAGCUAGAAGUGAGCCUUAGGAAUAAUACAGCAGUGACUCCAGUAAGUCAGGUACUUGAUGAAAGCUGCUUAAAGGACAAAAAAUAUUUAGCAAAUGUAAUGCUGGUGGUUCUUCUCACUGUGUGUGUUGACUGGAAGAAGGGGAACUGGGUGCCUGUCUUUCCAAACCUGAAGGAAAGAUCCUGGCCUCCUCUGAAAUCUGGGACCAAAGCCCAUAGACUGAGUGGGGUCAGAACUGAGUUGUAGCAGAGCAGACACAGACUUUGCUGUAAAGACAUGGGGUUAAACAGAACAUCAGAGGAGCUUUCCAUGUCACUUGCUUUUCCCAGGACCUGGGAUCCACUUGUUCCUGUAAAAACUGAUGCUUUUUCAUAAAGCCUGAGCCCACCUUGGGCUUUGUGUCUUUGGGGAGGGGGGGGAAUCUCGAGCACUGAGUAAGGACUAUAGUUUGCUGACUUUCUGAUGGGCCAUGCCCACUUUCAACAGAAACAUAAGCUUUAGCAAGUCAGUGAUCCUGUCCAUAUGUGCCAUGAAGUUUUAGAUUUUAGGUUUUUCAUGGUAUCUGGGCAUAAGCAGGUUUUUUAGAUCUUUUGGGGUGUUGGUUUUAUUUUUCCCAAAGUAUUUAAUUUCUUCUUUGAAUAUAUACCACUUUGUUCUGCACCUUCAGAGAAAGCUCACUGCAGUUUCAAAAGCUUCUCAAAACCCUUGUGCCAUUUAUAAAUUUAAAGGGGCUUUGCUCUCAAAAAUCUGUACUGGAGAUGUUUACCUGCAGCUAUUAAAAAUGCAAAAGGACUAAUUGGGGACCACGUUUUUUUCAAAACAAAACUAAACACCAGUGUUUUGGUUUUCAAAACUUACAGAUGAUAUAUGCUUUUUUUAAAAAAAAAAGUUUAGCAUAGGUAGAUUGGAUGAUGAUAAAUGUAGAAACUUACAGAUGAUAUAUGCUUUUUUUAAAAAAAAAAGUUUAGCAUAGGUAGAUUGGAUGAUGAUAAAUGUAGAGUUUCAAGUUGUGCUACUACUGUUUUAUAAACACUACAUUGUUGGAAAAAAGUGUAAUACCUUUUAUUUUUGUAUAUGUUGGCUGUGCAUGCACUUCUUGGACACAUAAAGUCUAUCAGACCUGGUAGACUGAUUUUUAUCCUCUAUAAAUAACAAUUAGCCCUGAGUCACCUCCUGUAAGGGCCAAGAAAAGCACAGUGUCUCAUCUUUACUGCGAGAGUUCAGGGUGAGUUGUCUUGUGCUGGCACUUGGCACAGGAAUGGGGCUCUCCCUGAAGUUCAAGCACAAAUAUAAAGCUUUAUAACAUUUAAAUGCAAGGAACUUGUGCAAUUAAUCCAAACUGCUUUUGGGAGUGGAAAUACUAUUUUCUAAUAAUUUGCUGCAGUUAUACUUUUGCCAUAAAUGUAACAUGGCAUGAGGUAACCAGUGUCCUGUGACCCCUGAUGUUCUCAUCCCUUCUCAAGCUGUAAUUUCUCUAAUAACAGCAGUAUUUAAUCUUGUUUUUACUUAUUACAGAAUUAACCUAUAGAAUAGUUGUUUAAAUGUACCAAAUUUCUCAAGAAAGCCCUUAUAUAUCAGCACAGAACAGGUUUGAGGACUUGGGUUAAAUAUAGGUGGCCAUAUUUUUAUGAAGAUUUUUAUAUUAAGUUGCGACUUAUUUUAUGAGAUUGUAGGCUUGGGUAUUUCUAAAAGGUAAAUAUUUUUGUACUCUUGAACCUUGCAGUAUCUUAAAACCUGUUUUUUCCUUUUUUAAAUAAGAAAGAGGGUUGUGUUUUUUAAAGUACCUUGUUUCAACCAGUCUCGUUUUUCUUACUUGCACCGCUGAUCUCGAGCUAGUGUCACAUUUUAGUAUUUCUAGCAGGGGAUUUAACAACCUUUCUCAAGAGCAGAAUGUCUUUGAGCAGUGCUGUUGUAAGGCCUGAUGGUGUCUGAAGUGCAGUGGGAAUGAGGGAAGCCCCAGCUGGGGCCGUCGCACUGUGCCUCCUCUGUCACCUCUGUCACCUGGACUCGGGUCUCUGUGUGCAACCUUCGACCCCCCGCUGGCUCACCGCUCUGCUCACGCCUCUAGGGAGCUGUAUAAUUGUCACUCAUUAACUCCUGUGCUCAUUGUAAUAAAAACGUGCACUGACAUUGUU